AUUACACAAUGUUCAUUGUUGCCGCGAGCAUCUGUCCAUUCAUUGAUUUUGAUACAACUCUUACUUAACUUUAAGCUGGUUGCGUAGACAAAGUGCAGGCUUUCAGUAAUGACGCACAAGCCAAACUUCAAGGCCUCAUUAUCUUACUGGCGCAUAUGAGAAGGAUGGCUUCAGUUUACCAACAUCUAUUCCAUAUUGCUGUAAGGAAUUCAAUCAAAGUAACUUCAUUUCUUCAGUGCGGCUAAUACGGCUGUUGCUUCAGUUUAUACCAAAAGUCUACGAGUGUUUAAGGUAUUAGUACCGACGAUGGCGGUGCAAAUUGCUUGGUGGCCUGUUGGUCACAGCCCGCCUUCAUCCUUAGUAGCAUACAUUAUGAUUCGUUAUUGCCUUUGAAAAUUUCCAUGCAAAGGUCAUAAUCCGGGUCUCCUUUUUUUUUCUCGGGUGGCGGUCAGGAAGGCCUGAUCUUAUUUUCGAGCAGUUCUUUUCCGCAGUCGGAUAUUAAUAUAAUGAAGGAUUUUUUGUUGGAUCCUAAUACUUUCCAACAUUAAUUCUCAUUCCAUUGAAGGUUUGCAUAGCUUUUCAUCGUAUACUUACAACAUUCGUUCUUUUUUUCUUUUAGGAAAAUACCGUCGAGCCUUGCGUUCUUUUCAGGGAAUUCUCGUUAGUAGGUUGGUUUUAGUAGUACUGCCAAAUCAGUCGAUCAAGUGUUCCCUUUCUUUCUUUAGUAUAUUCGUCUUUUUCUCGGCAAACAGAGUUCUCUUCUACUCCCAAAGGGGAAUCAUGAUGGGCUGUCGUCCAAAGUAGAUUGAGGUAGUAAUUUGUAUCAUCAAUUUUACACUCCAUAUACUGACCUGACUCAAAAUAGCUGCAGUAUAUCGGUAUGAAGUGGUUGACACAGAUUUUUGGCAAGAAGAAGAAGGAUUCAAAACACGAAAAUCAUAUCAGUCACACUCAAAAACAGAAAAAGACAAAGAUAAAUGAUACGACCUAUCGGAGCGAUAUACCGAAUGAUGGAUUUCCAGGAGGGCGUCCAGAAGAUCCGCGACAUGCAAAACGAGUACCAAUGCCGCACAAAACUGAAGAUCGGCACGGAAACUUCAGCCAGGCGACUCAGACACACAAAACCUCCAAUUCAGUGACAGAACAACUAGCAUUUGUUGGCGAUUAUAUCGAUGAUUAUAAUAGAAAAACCCACAGGUCUAGUGACCGCAUUGAGAUUGACAUUAUCAUUCUUAAAGGGCUUCUGGAUAUUGACCAGAAGUUAACAGAACCAAAACCUGGCACUCAGAUCAAAUUUAUCAGCAACCCGAGGAAGUCAUGGCGAUAUGAUCUUCAUUCAGCAAAAUUACGACGAGCAUGCGCGAAAACAAAAUGGCACACGACAGACCCUUGGAUCCCUGACGCUACAUUGGACAAAGCGAUCCAAGAGGAAAUGUUUAGAGCGACGGAACAUGACAAAAGAGUAUAUAUAUCCGGGAUGAGCGGCAUCAUUAUCCGAAAGCCUCCACCGGAGUAUCGUAUCUGUCAGCGCAUUAAUCGUCUUGGGGAUCCAAGGUCAAAAUCACAGCCAUCUUCUUCCGAGCUUAGCAAAAUAGUGGAAGAGAUGCGAACUUAUAUUGAACACAAUAAGCUACGUCUAGAAGAUAAACAGUCUAAAUUGCGGCAAAAAUAUCGGGAGCAGGGGAAGAAAUACGACAUAAAUCCUCUGGCAUAUGACUGUGGUAAUCACCAUCAUCAAUCGCAAGGUGUUAUGAUUCCAGAUAAGUUAAUCGAAAAAUGGCAGAACAAUUAUCGUUUCAAUAACGUGCAUUUCUGGCUGGAUAAAAUCGAUUACCAUUCUUGUCAGAUGAGCCUUAGGAAAUGGGGACAUAGACAUCUCAUAGGCCACGUCAUGAUUGUAGACCGUUCUAAAUCGCGUGAGUCUAGUAGCACAAAGAGUCGACAUGAUUCUCAUAGAGCUAAUGGACCCCAUGAUUCUGCGAUAUCUGUUCGCCAUGAUCCGGGCUCCAGCCAACGACCUCCACCUAAAGCAAACACAUAUAAAUCAAAAUACAGUUCGGGUAGUGGCACAUCUAUAGGUGGGCGACGACGUGGGCAAAGCUCUGCUCAACUGCCGUCUCAGCGCGAGCUAUCCAGUACACAGUCGAGCCGCGAGGCUCCUCCAAAAAAUAAGCCUUCUCCUUAUUCACGACCAACACCUUCAAUCCGGGUAGAUCCAUCAGACCACGAGGAAUGGCAAGGGAAAUCUCCCGGUAAAUCUCCCAGCAGAAAGUCACCCAAGCGCUCCCCUCGCACACCCGAUAAAAACCACGUUUACCAAAACUCAGGGGUUCCCCCUCUACCACCAACUUCCCACUCACCACAUCGCGACAAUCAAAAAUCACCUGCAAGACCUGGAUCUAGCAGUCGCGGAAUGACUCAAAAGAAAAGCCAUCGAGAUCUCCUAGAUCCUGGCACUUUGCAACCACAACCAUCCUCAUACACAUACACACACACAAACAUCACUCCCAGUAGUAAACCCGAAACCGUAAAAACCAAAAAAAGUCACCAUGAUUUAUUCCACGCUAGCACUAACCCACUAUAUACACAUUCAUAUUCAUAUUCGCAAGCACCGGCACCGGCACAAACACAACCACAGCUACAACCACACCCACAAAUAAACACACAAAUAAACCGCACCACCCAAAACGAACACCUAAAACCAGCAACAACCACUCAAAACAUCUCCCCCGUCUCCCCACUAGAUCCCAAAUAUAGAAAACGAUGGGAAUACCAAACAGCAGAGCAAAAGGAAGAAAUCCAUCGGAAAAUGAUGCAGGAACUUAGGUCAGAGGGUAAAAUAGAUCAUUGAUGAGAUAUUUUUUUCCCUUUUGUUUAUGGAUAUAGAUGGAUGAAUGUUUAGAGCUGUAUGUAUAUAUAUACGACUAGGUAGUUUUCUUUGUAAGAUCUUAUGUGGAAAAGAAGUAUGUAGCUACACGUUAUAUUAUAUUAUAUUUGAUUUUUAU